AUGCCUCCUCCGCCGCCGGCUCAGAAUCUCAGUCUCAGCAUCACCAACCCAUUGGUCCUCUACCGGACGCUCGUGGCGACCAAAAAGAUCCGGCCAGAUCCAGCCCAGCACCGCCUAGCGCUGCAACUGCAGAAGCUCUACUUCCGGCUGAAAGACUACGCACCCGAAGUCGAGUACCGGUAUCGGCUGGAGCGGAUCGGACGCCGUGUCAACAGCAACAGGCAUCCCAAGGAAGAUGGCACCAAGCAGAGGCCUGAGGCCCGUCGUCAGACCGCCAGCCAAAGCACACAGGCCGACCGGCCCUCUACUUCUCGGGGCAUGCUGACUUCUCUGCUCUCAUCCACCGGCAGGCUCUCUGCAGCCUCGGCCUCGGCCUUAGCCUUGGUCACGACGACACCACUGCACCACUCGGCCGUCCAGAUCGACUCGCCGCAGGGGAUGCUGCUCUACGGCGAGGUGGGACGGGGCAAAUCCAUGCUUCUGGACCUGCUGUACACGUCGCUGCCGUCGAGGAAGAAGCGCCGCUGGCACUUCAACACCUUCAUGCUGGAUAUCUUUCGACGCAUCGAAGCCGCGAGACUCGAGAGGCUCGAGGACUCUCAGCGUCCCAGACCGAGUCUGUUCGGCCCACGCCCCGGUGUCGGUCUUUCAGACCACGAGCACGUCGUGCUCGCUCUGGCCAAGGACACUAUCAGCGAAAGCCCGAUCCUCUUUCUCGACGAGUUCCAGAUGCCGGACCGGACGGCGUCGAAGCUGAUCAAUAGCUUCUUCACCGCGUUUUUCCACCUCGGCGGCGUCCUGGUGGCCAGCUCGAACCGCAUGCCCGAGGAGCUGAGUAAGGCAGCGGGCGUCGAGUUCGGUGGCUACGGCUACGGUCACGGUCACGGUCACGGGCCAGGUCGUCGACAUGGCAUGGGCGGCUUUUUCGGUCUCGGUUGGGGUCUGCGCCGCGCCAGCGAGGGUGAGAGGGCGGCGAAGACGGACUUCGGCCUGUUCCUCGACAUUCUGAGGGCGAGAUGUGAGGUGUGGGAAAUGGAGGGCAACAGGGACUGGAGACGAGAAGACUACGCUGCCGAGCUGGUGGGGGAUGACGACGCCAGCGACAGCGAGAACGAGAACGAGAAUCAGAAUGAGAGUGAUCCCACGGUGACGGACACGGAGAAGAAGCCUAUCUCAACCGCGACCGCCGUGGCUGCAGACGCAAGACUAUCUUCAGACUCGCCGCCACAUCACCAUAUCAAGCUCCCCUCAUUAGACGAACCAAAGCCCGUGUGUUCGUCUUCGGCACUUGACUCGGAUGUACGCCUGCUCAACCCCUCAGCAACAUGGACUCCGACCACGCUCACGGUCUACGCUCGGCCGCUGCGUCUGGAAACGACGCACGACGGAAUCCUCAAGUCGUCUUUCGACGCCCUCUGCGCCAGCUACCUGGGCCCGGCCGACUACGUAUCUCUAUGCUCGACGUUCCACACCCUGAUCCUCACCGACGUGCCUGUGCUGACGUUGGCCCUGAAGAACGAGGCGCGACGUUUCAUCACGCUGCUAGACGCCCUUUAUGAGGCGCGAUGUCGCUUAGUGAUUGAGGCGGCCGCCCCGCCCGACAAGCUGUUCUUUCCAGAAGCGCCGAGGAGCGUUCGAACGAGAUCUCCCGGUGCCACUGGUGUGCUGGGAUCUGGAGCCACCCGUAUCACCGGCACUAGGAGUGGAGGUGGAGGCGGUGGUGGUGGUGGAGAUGGUGAUUAUGGUGGUCAUGAUGGUGGUGACGUUUCUCAUCAAGACGAAACAGAAACAGAAACACUCUUCGACGCUGACCAUUUUGAUUCUGACUCAAUCACAUCCGAAUCCUUCUCCGAGAUGUACCAGGACUCAACGGCGCCAUUCCGGCCCAACGUGUCGUCGUACUCGGGCUCGGACUCGACGACUCCGCCAUCCCUAGCCUUCACUGCGUCACUGAGCACUCCUAGCCUCCGCUCCGUGCUGGCAGACGAAGACGCCGACUUUGGCCCCACGUACGGCAACGGACGAGGCCACGGCGUCUCGAACUCGUCGACAGCAUUCGCCGAGGCCCGCUUCCGCUUCGGCGGGGAGAUGUAUCCAGCGCCCGACUUCACGUCGACGGCCGCCUUGACGGGCGAGGACGAACGGUUCGCGUAUAAGCGCGCAAGAAGUCGGUUGUGGGAGAUGUGUGGUCGGCGCUGGUGGGACGAGCGGCUGCCACGGCGCGCGGGGACUGGGGCUGGGGCUGGGACUGGGACUGGGACUAGGACUAGCUACGACGGUGUCGAGGGGUCCGACGAUGCGCUGCAGCAGGGAUUCCAUAAUGCAAUGGGGACAGGAAAUGCCGAUAUCGAUAUCGACGCGAAUCCCACUACCACUACCACUACCGCUGGUCAUGGAUCUGAAGACAGAGAUGGCGUCCGGGCGUGGUGGCGUCCUGUGACUCGCGACGGCCGCUUCUGGGAACAGGUUGUCGACGAGGCGGAGGCUGAGGCUGAGAACGAGGUCGCUAAGAAAUCCAAUUGUUCGGGAGGCUGA